AUGUAACAUCCUAGAUCAACUUCAGCUCAUUAUAAUACUUGCAAUUCUAAAUAUGGAAAUGGUUGGCUAUUGCAUGAAGGGAAACAACAAGUAAAUUUGAAUGAAACUCCCGUUCCCACCUAUGCUGAAAUUGUUAAGAGUAUGCAAGUAUUAACAAUUACUAUUUAUUAUAAAGGACUUUAGAAGAGCUGAAAAGCUUAUUAAGAAUAAAUUAGUGGCUUAAUAGUUUGGUUUAGAACAGUAAAUAAAAGUGACAGAAGAAGAAAAAUAAAGAAGAAAAAUUGAUAAUAAGGUACCUCCUAAACCAUUUCCUGUAAAAGAAAGUGAAUAUACAAAACCAGCAUAAGGAAUUAAUGUUGGUAUUUUUAUUAUUAUAACGCGUAUAGGAUUACCAAUAUAUGAAACAUCUAACAUGCUAUAUGGACAAUUAAACCCAACAAAAUUUGAAUUAAUUGAAAAGUUUUAUCCAAGAGAUGCUAAAUUCACAUAAGGAUUUCAAGGACACACUUAUAAAUUUGAUGGUCUUAAUACUAGUGUUGCCUUUUCGAAAACCCAUAAAGCAUUAGAUGAGUACUGA